AUGUACAUAGUUGUUGGGCCUGACGUGGCGCCGGUGCUGGUGGCGACAUUCGCAGGUGGCACGCUGCGGCCGGGCGCCGCCUGGUCGGCGCAGUGCGAGGCCGCCGGCUCGCCGCUGCCCACGCUCUCCUGGCAGCGUGACGGCGCGCCGCUCAGCUCCGACGAGCAGCGCCUGCAGGUGACGAUGCAGGCAGGCAGUGCGUCUGCGAAGAGCCGCUUGUCGGUGUCGGGCGCACGGCCAGAGGACGGCGGGCUGUACGAGUGCGUGGCCAGCAACGCAGUGGGCACUGCCCGCCACAGCGCGCCGCUGCGCGUGCUGGGCCCGCCCCGCGUGCGGCCCAUGCAGGAUCGCCGCGUCGUCGACAGGGCCGACGCCGUCUUCCACUGCCGCGUUACCGGAUACCCCAUCAGCGAGAUACGCUGGGAGCGCGAAGGGAGAUCUCUACCAGAAAACCAUCGCCAACAAAUCUUCCCUAAUGGAACCCUAAUAAUUAAGGAUAUUCAGAAGCAAGCUGAUGAGGGAGGAUAUGUUUGUAUUGCAACAAAUCCCGAUGGUCACACUUCCAGAAGCAAGUUAAAUAUUCAAGUUCUUGAACCACCUGAAAUUGACCCCAUAGCUGUGAAGUCAGAUUUACAAGAAGGAAUGAGAAUGCAUCUUACAUGCGUUGUCAGGAAAGGAGACUUUCCUAUCAGCAUUCAUUGGUUAAAGGACGGAGCUGUUAUUUCCCGAGACCAGGAAAUAUCUGCAAAGCCAUAUGAUGAAUAUUCCAGCAUACUCAGCUUCAGUCGACUUGCUAUUAGGCAUACUGGCAAUUAUACCUGUCAAGCAACCAAUGCUGCUGCUAUAACAAAUUAUACAGUGGAAAUAAUUGUUAAUGAUCCACCAUCAUGGAAAGUAGAGCCAACUGAUGCAGAAACAGUGGCAGGAAAAUCAGUUAUUCUUCCAUGUGCUGCAGAAGGAUCUCCAACUCCCGGAAUAAUGUGGAAGAGAGAUACUGGAGCUAUACCUCCCCUUUAUCAAGAACUUAACCAUUUAAUGAAGAACUAUAAAAUGAUGCAAAAUGGAAGCCUUAUUAUUUAUGACACUCAUCCUGAGGAUUCUGGUUAUUACCUGUGUCAGGUCUCAAAUGGCAUUGGAGUGGGACUCAGCAAAGUCAUCUAUCUCACUGUUCAUGGCAAGUACUAA